AUGUCUCAGUCGACGCCUACUACAAGUGUCAAAACCAGCUUCGAGCUGGCCUUGAACAAGUUUCGUGCUCAGCUUUCGAGUGAAGAAAAAAAUAAAUUUAGUGUGACAAAAAAGGAGGAUCUGCAGGUCGCCAUUAUCAACAUACAAAAUGAGCAGCGACUCUCAAAGAAGAUGGUGAAUAUUAGGCGUGCUCAGGGGUUCAUUGAGGCCAUGGAACAGUUUGGCAAGGUAGUAGAGGUCUUUGGCAACUCGUGUGAGAUUUUGGCAUUUGUCUGGGGCCCCAUGAAGUUCCUCCUCUUGUCUGCAAAAUCUUGGACCGACUCGAUUGAUGAGCUAUUAGAGACCUAUCAGCAUAUCGCCGAUAGCCUCCCAGUCUUUUCAGGCUACGAUACCCUCUUCAAAGAAGAUGGUAGAAUGCAAGAAACCCUGAAGCACGUGUGGGAGGUGAUUCUCGAUUUUCACUUGGAAGCACUCGCACAUCUCCGGCAGAGAAUGGCAAAGCAUAUCUUCCGUGCUGUGUGGAACAACUUCAAAUCUCGCUUCCGGCCAAAGUUAGAUGAUCUUCAUCGGCUCAAGGAGCUUGUUGACAGACAAGCUGCUCAGCUGCACAUCAGCCACUACGAGGCCGACAGAACCAGCACUGAUACCAAAUGGGCGCAACUCUUUGCUGAGCUGGCGGAGAACCGCAAGAAAUAUGCAGCAGAGAAAGAGCAUCAGAGCUUACAGAGGUACCGGGAAAUCCUCAGAUGGAUUAACGCCCCUGCGGUGAUUCGAGAUCACGAGGAGCAGCUUAGAGUACGCGAGGACUUGCACAAAGCAACGGGUAAACAGACAGGUAUCUGGAUUCUUAAACACAAAGAAAUACAGAGCUGGUUAGGCCUUGAUAUACCCAGGUCGUCCAUCGUCUGGUUACACGGUUUCCCUGGAGCUGGAAAGUCUGUGCUUGCAUCCGUGCUCAUCGAGGAGCUUCGAGAAAAAAAGCCGGCUCCGGUGGCUUUCAUGUACUGCAAGUAUCGGGAUCCGCAGAGAAACUCAAUGCUCAACAUCCUCCGAGCGAUUCUGGCCCAGCUCCUCGAGGCGAACCGAUUGGACCCACGCCUGGCUGACUUGAGUCCAUACUAUUACGACGAAGGUCUGGCGAAGGGCGGACUCUUCCUCGAAUCCAUCAAGCUCUGCAAGAGUCUUCUCAAGCUCAUUCUGAGAAACAUCCCCAAGGCAUAUGUUGUGCUGGACGGACUCGACGAGUGCGAGGCUGAUCAGCGCAAACAGAUUCUCGAAUUCAUGAUCGACGUUAUCAAAACUUGUGACGGCCAGCAGCCUGGGAGCUUGAGGUUGCUGGUUUUAAGCCGUAACGAGCCUGAUAUUAGGAGGCAUCUCAAUGCUGAAACUCAAAUAUCAACUCUGCCAGAAAAUAUCGAGAGCGAUAUCAGUAUCUACAUGAACUAUUAUUCGCAGCUCAUCCAAGAAAAACACUGUUUUGAGGACUCAGAGAGGGAAUAUAUAGCUCAGCACGUCACAGACCGUGCCCAAGGAAUGUUCCUCUUCGCCAAGCUGGUUGCAAAUAAUCUGUUAGCACAGCCAACAAAGCUCCUGGUCUCGGAAGAACUCAGUCCAUCCCGAUUUCCCAAAGACUUGGGACAAGCCUACGACCGAACUAUGCACCGUAUUAUCCAGACCGACAGCGACGAGGAGAAGAAGACGGCUUUGAAAAUCCUCCAGCUGCUUUUGUGUGCUCGAAGAGCCCUUAAGUGGCAUGAGAUUCAGGCUGCGGUAUCCAUAAACAUAGCCACGCACAGCCUCGACCAUGACCAGUACGCAAUGUCUCUCCUAUGCUUGCAGUACUUGACAUUCGACUGCAACUUCGACUCAGAAUACCAGCCAACGCUGGAAAAUGUGGAGGGGCAGUCGGCCUUCCAGGAUUACGCCGCUGCCCACUGGGCAGACCAUGUCCUCAAAACGAUCGAGGAAGCAGGCAGGGCAGUAGGCAAAUAUGAGCCACACAUACCAUCUGAGGAAAUGGAAUAUGCAAUUAGAGAUUUCAGCGAGAUAUAUCGUGGGGAUCUCGUCGUGGGAGAGGACAUCUCUCCUCCAAGCGUUGAAGCCCUGUCGAGACUUGGACUCUCGCAAGAUUUCGAUCUAAUUUGGCGGAUAGCUCAGCAUAUAACCUCGCUACGAGGGACCGGUGAUCCUGACGAUGCCGUUCACCCAUCGACACUGGAAAGUGCCAUCAAACGAAGCCGCGCCGCGCUGGAGAGUAGGGCUCUUCAAUCAGACCCGCGCGAGAAGCGAAUCCUGGCCGAGUAUUACGGCGAGAACUUCUUCAAAUGCUCGAGGCGAACAUGCUACCACUUCCACGAAGGUUUCAAGCUUCGGCGAGAUCGUGAAACCCACUCAAAUCGCCACGAGAAGCCUUUCCAAUGUACUGAGCCAGGCUGCGACUAUAGAUUGUAUGGCUUGGCGUCGAUGAGGGAGCUAAAGAGGCACCGUCGAACUUGUCAUCCAGGCAUAGACAAGUGUUCCGCGUCUUUUCCAAGACCUCCAAAAAAGCCUCAACCUCGCAAAGCCGCAGAACUCAAGUUCAAGUGCGAAAUUGAGGGCUGCACAGCAGCAUUUUCACGCAGGACGGUUUUGAGGAGCCAUGCUCAGUUGCACGCGCUCAACACCCGUGGAGGGCAUAGGAUUUGUAGCAAUGCCACAUGA